UGCCCAUGGUCACUUCGGGCGCCCAGUUGAGGCUAGAUGAUGGAUCCGUUGACGGUCGAGCAUAUCUAGUUAUCUCCAACACUACCCAUGCAGCCUUUUAGCAGAUCACCGUUUGAGCGUCAACUUGCUCAAAUGCGGGGUCAACUGUCUGUGCCAGAUUUCGAUCCAAUUCAAUCGAAAACGGACAAGCAUCACACAUGCCAUCGCCACCUGUCAAGGACUCAAGGCCCAUGACGCUUUGGGGCUGCCGUACCCUGGAUGGGUUGCUCGAAACUUGACGUCAAACUGACCCAACAAUUUAUAACACUAACACAACAGAGCUCUCGAUUUUAGUUUUAUUUGCGAAAAUGGACGCGAAAAUGUCUUCGGCCAGGUCACCAGUACUCGAAAAAUGAAGUACGACUACUGCCAUCUCCCGAAUGGCAUUGAAGUGGGCGUGACUCCGGUCUUUGGGGGCUUCAAGUUCCAGGCAAAAUCCCACGAGGAGUAUUGCUCCUUCCCACCAGAAUGGACCGUCUGUCUAUCGACAAAGAAAGGACCCGACUGUAAUUUUGAAGACGCCAACGAGUCCGACUCGCGCCCAUUCACCGUCCCCUCCCUGGACUGCGACGCGCUAUACCUAUCCUCGUUAUCGUUACCUUCCUGUAAGGACCUGAAGCCGAGCAGCGCACCCACAAGGUUGGUUGCAAUGGUCUUAUGGGUCACCUUCUUUUGGUAUUUUCAGGAACCAGAUCCUACGUCGCCCAAACAGGACCCGAAUAGUACCUUUAAUGCAGGUCCGAGCUCAAAGGAAUGGCUCCUGCACAUCCAACGCCUCGGAAUCCUAUCCCGAAAAGACCAAAUGAUGAAGGUCGAGCGCUUAGGGAUGGUCGCCUGCAGGGACACCUCGGUGAACUCCAAAUCAGAUAUGUUCAUCACCCAGAAGGCCUUCUGGCAGCUGGAUCCCCGGAUUCAUCUCUUCAGCAUCAGCUCCGUCAUGCCAGAACCGGGCCAGGUCUACCCUGGGCCCUCCGGCUCUCUCGACUCUCUGGGAGUAGGCUUUCCUUUCGGCGCUGGUCCCCUUACGGCCGGUACCUUCCUUCCCCCCUACUACCCUCCACAACCUCUGGAGUAUAUCUACACAGGACACAUCCGCCACCCACGCCGCCCGAAGGCAUAUAUCCAAGGCGAAGUCUUCUAUGUCCGCUGGAUCCCCAGUGGGGGAGAGUUUCUAACCUUCCGGGUCCCUGUCCUCCCGACGACAAAUGCCCUCAACAAAAAUCCGCCAAUAUCAAGCGAGCGGAGCAACCCGGGUCCAAACCUCUGCCUGGACUCUGAACUCUCCAAUGACCUCAAGCUCGUCUAUGACUGGGUCCAAAAGCGACCGCCGGAUACAGCGCUCGUGCGUCGCAAAUCAAUCGUCGAGCAGUCUAGCUUUCUCGAGGAGCGCAUGUGCUCCCAGAACUCCUUCCCAGUGCUAGUAUGUUGGGACUCAAUUCCAAUGGGGUACUUUGAGUUAUUCUGGGUUUUGGAAGAUCCUAUUAGUCGUUUUAUCGACCACACGGACGAUUUUGAUCGUGGAGUGAGGUGUUUUAUUGGAGAGGAGGCUUUUUUGGAGCCGAUGCACUUGAAACGGUGCAUGAGUUCGCUGGUCCAUCAUUGCUGGCUUUACGAUCUGAGGACAAAUACGGUUGUGGUUGAGUGUAGGGCUGAUAAUGUUGAUGUUAUUUUUGCUCUGGAGUCUAUUGGAUUCAAUAGACUCAAGGACGUCAAGACUCCUGAUCAACAUCAUACGAUAAUGACGAUUGACCGCGGUAGGUGGGUAGCGCCAGUGCUAUAAUAUAUUGAAGGCAGGGCGCAAUGUCCUAGGUAUCUGGUGAUAUCAACAUCCGAAGCAGACACCAGUCAAACGAGGUCUGAACCUAAAAUAUUAUUUCAAGAGAGUAGCAAGAACUGCUACGUAGUAAUACCUGCAAAUAUUCUAAUCGUACCAUAAAGCCGGCCUUUUUCUUAUAUAUAUAUAUCAUAUGUCUACCUUUCUGGUAUUUAUAACUUUGUAGGCGUCCUGAGUGAGCCUGACGCAUUGAGCACAGUUUAGCCCUAAUCACAUGAUUGUUCGGC